UUUCACUAACCCUCUGCCUUUAACAUUUCGGCUCUCGGGCAACAAAACGUGGUUUUGCAGCAACAAAAUAUUUAUUUUUCGAAAUUCGCGAAAAUUUGGCACCGUUUGGUGGAAAAGUGCCACUCGUUCCAAUCGGGAGUGAACUACUAAUCGUGGUGUGCUGAAGUGCAGUGAAAACGGUCAGUUCUUGUCGCGUCAGUGACCGAAAAAAAAUCCACCUCAUUACGAUCAAAUCACACACGAAUCGAAUCGUGUCUGGUCGAACAUCUAGCAGUAAAGGACACUUUUUCUUAUUGCCCCUUGCAUUUUCAUUUGCUGCAGCGUUAAGCAGUAGCAAACCGAAGCGUUAAUCCGUGAAGGAUAACAAACGAGGAAAAGCGGUGCGAGUAUUUCCUUCGGAGGAUUCAUCCACGAAAGGAUAAAAAAAAACACGGGAUAAGGAAGGCUUUUCCUGUUGGUGCGUGUUUAUGAAAAUCAAUUUUCAAGACAAGUUCAGUUCAGUUCUGUUGCGUAGUUUAAGCAACCGUUACUAGUGAGUGUUUUUGGUCAAGUAAAGAUAGAAUUUUUUCUCCCCGGUUUGCUGUCGACGGUUUGGAUCGCCUUCCUCGAAAGAGAAGAUCAAAUACCCUGACCCAGAGAGCAAGAUUAUGUCAUCGGGCUUUUAAUCAGCAAAACAGAUAACUGCGUGCAAACAACAGGAAGAAAUUGAUUGCUAUAGUUUGGAACCAAACUUAGUUACUAUAGCAAUAGCAUACCGGUCAAUUAUCUGUUAACCGAGCAGCGCGAUGGCCAAUUCUGGAACGACUUUACCGUGUCUUCUGGCCUGAGUUGUGCAGUGGGAGUGAGCGGGACAGCAAGCCGAACAGAGAGGGCCAACAUGGAGCGAAAAUGUCGAUAGAGUAGAAUAGCAACACCAGCACACGAGAGCACGCACGAGUUGUUCGUCGUCGUCGUCGUAGUAGUCUGCAAUACCGAUCUCAAACUUUGUUUGCCUGCAUCAGUUUUUGACAGUUUGUAUCUCUGCGGAAGAGAGAGAGAACGGCUUGUUUUUCGUUCGAUUCAUUUUGUUUUAUUCUCACGGGCUAGUAGGACUGUUUCAUUGUUAUCUUUUCUUGUGCAGAGUUUUUCCUGCUUUAGCAAACGCAAGUCGUUAGUGAAAAAAGCAGGGAACAUCGAACAGGGUCUGGCCAGGAAAAAAAGCAAUAUAUAGCCUAGUCGCAGACUAGAGCCGAAUUCGGAUCGAUUCACGACGAUUCGGAAUUCAAUUUCCUAUAAUGGCAACGCACGUUUCGACAGACACAAGCCCUGGCAAUACCAACAAUAACAAUAACAACAACAACAACAGUUCAAGUUCAUCAUACGCAAAUGUUUUGUUGAACAUCAAGGAACAGAACCAAAAGCAGCAGCUUCAGCAGCAGAAUGAUAAUAACAAGGAGAAUAUUCGCAGUGAAAAACCUCCGUUGAGUUCACCACCUGCUGGUCAAGGUGGCCCUUCGAAGGCACCAGAUGUUCCCAGUAAAGACAGUGGAGGGAGUAUAGCAACGCUUGGGGGUGGCGAUGAAGCGGAAGAUGAUGCUAGUUUUGUCCCGGUGGUUUCGCAUAACAAGCGGGAUCGUCGUUCGAGGCAGAAAGCUUCUGCCGCAUCGACAUCCAAGUUUAGUGAACAACAGCAGCAAGGUGAUAAGCCGCCAUCGAAAUCAUCCCGUCGUUCAGGGGGAGGAGGAGGUGCUGGUGGUGGGGGCGGAGGCGGUGCCAGUGCCGGUGGUGCUAGGAAAGAAACAUCUGAGGGAGUUGCUCCGGCUAAAAAAGAUAGGAAACGAAAAUCUGACGAACGAAGACGUGCCGGCAAAGGGCGGGUGGAGGCUGAGAAGGAAGAAAAGGUGACCGAGAAAGAUUCCCCGGGUGAGACAAGUGGAUCCAACAAAGUUAGCAGCGAGGAAGGGUCUGAUAAGGAGGCACCGAAAAAGUUCAUUGAAGCUCCUCUGCCGAAAGUUAAUGCUUGGAAGGUAACACCCAGCGUAGACCCAGCACCCAUCCCAUCCGCUGACUCAAAAGCUGGAAAAUCAUCCGAUUCUCAAGCAUCAGUCGCUGUUUCGUCCGAGACGGCCAGUCACAAGGCCCCUAAAUCCUCGACCGAGAAACGCAUUCUGCAACCCAAACAGCAACAAGUAAAGGUUCAGCCCCAAGUCAAACCGGUUGCUCCGUCGAAAGUCACAUCCGAUCAGCCUGCGGUUUCAGCAAAGGAAAAGAAACGCACUAGUCAAAAAUCCAGUGACUUAACAAGUGGUUCCGAUUGGCCGACGCUCGAGGGACGGCAAAAAUCUGGGGAACCCAAAAAACACGCAACGGUUCCGGUUGCAGAAACUGCUUCCACUGCAACAUCAGCAUCUGUAUCGACAACAGAGCAAAACAAACCAUCAUCAAGCACUCCCAGUGAAGCGACUUCAACUCAAACUCCGACAGCAAACACAUCGACUGAUACAAGCCAAGCUAAUACUUCCUCGUCAAAGCCACAGACCUCUGCGGAGGAAGACUCCAUUCGACCAAAAAGUGCAGAUUCGGGCGAGCAAAAUGGUGCGAGCGGUGUUAGCAACAAUCGCAAAGGACCACGGCCAAAGUGGGUUCCGCUGCCGAUUGAUUUACCGAAACAGCGGGGCCGGCGAGAGCGAACCCCGAGAAGGCGUCGCUAUGAUGAUUACGACGAUGGCAACUGGCAUCAGGAGCGCCCACCGCCACGAUCCAGCCGGCUGCGAACCAGUCGUGGUGGUGGACCACCAUCUUCGUACCGUGGCGGACGUGGUGGACGAAUUUCACGCGGUGGAGGCAUCCGCAGGGGUCCACCAUCAACACGAGGAGCACUGGGGCCGGGAUUAAGACACGGGGAUAGAACAUCACAUGGAUCGACCGGACAGCCACUAGCGAAUGGUGUUGAUUUUGAAUUUGGAGCCAUCGGACAGACGAUUGGAAAGGAGCAGACGGCGUUUAUGAUGCCUUACCUCAGCACGUUCUACUACAAUGGAGCGCCGCUGAUCGGAAUGGACCCGACAAGCGUCAAAGAGUGUAUCAAAAAGCAAAUUGAAUACUACUUUAGUGAGGAGAAUUUAAAUCGUGACUUCUACCUCCGCCGAAAGAUGAAUCCAGAAGGAUUUCUACCGGUGACGCUUAUUGCGACUUUCCACCGAGUCCAAAACAUGACCGCAGAUAUUAACAUCAUUAUAUCGGCAAUUCAAGACUCAGACAAGCUGGAACUGGUCAAUGAUUAUAACGUUCGGACCAAAAACGAUCCGACCAAGUGGCCAAUCGAUCCGACAGACAUGGGCACAAACCACUACACAACAAAUACCACUCCUGCUGCGGCGGUUGAAACCCAUGCCGAGAAGCCAGCAGAAAAUCCACCCGUACCCGGGGUAGCUUCCAGGAUUCUGUCAAGUAUCCCACCACCUCCGAUGCCUCGCAAUUUUCGUGCUCAAAACACACCAGUAGCCACGACCAACAAAGUUCCUUUUAUAAUCUCGGCGAGUGGUGCCGAAGCAGUUCCAGCUACAAUAACAACUACAACGCCAGCAGCGAAGACGCCAACGACUUCGGAAUCGGAAAAUUGGAACCCUAAUGUGCCGGAAUUCAUUCCCACGUCGGUGGUACAGCGGAAACUAUCUUCCGAAAACACUGAAAACACCACCAACGCUGCGGCAGCCUCGAGUCAGGAUAAGGAUAAUAAAGCCGAGGGCGAACAGCCUUCAAAAAACGACGUAGAGAAAUCUGAUCCUCAAACUAUUGAGCCUCCUGCACCUGUUGUCACCGAAGAAGCUGAACUGUGGAAGGAAGUAAAACGUCGCUCCCGGUCAGCCCAAUCUCACCACGAAGCCACACAACAGCAGCACCGUGAAGGACAGGCCCAACCUAAGGAUCGAUCCAAACGAAAUCAACGACCCGAGCAAAAGAAGACUACCGAAAAGGAACCACUUUCUCGAGAUGUAGCGUUGGCUGGACCAUCUCAAACGGGAGAGGAGCGAGAAGAGUUAGAUUUCCAAUUUGACGAAGAACUUGAUCUUCCGCGAGGGGGAGGACGCGUGAAUCAUUUCACGGACAACUGGUCCGAUGACGAUGAUGAGUCUGACUUCGAAUUGUCGGAUCACGAGAUUAACAAGCUCCUCAUUGUGACCCAGGUACGCGGUCGAGUGCCAAAACGCGAUGGUUACGAUCGGACGGGUGAUUUCACCACACGCACAAAAAUCACCCAGGAUCUGGAAGAAAUAAUCAACGAUGGACUGCACAACUACGAAGAGGAUCUUGUAACGAUCAAUUGCCGCCAUGGCCAUGGUACGAGCAACUACAAAACCAUCAACUUGAUCUCACAGGAAGAAUUCGACAAAAUCAUCCCCAAGACACCUAAGGUUUCACAGGAAGCUCCACCACCGCCACCGCCACCUACUUUUGUAGAGUCGCAAGAUGUUUUGAACGCAAGCAGCACCAGCGCUGCCCAGCGACACAAGGCGCGUUUCUUCGCUGUGAACAAGGAUGAAUUUGUCGAUCCGAUCACACCACGUAAACGCAAAACGAGGCAUUUGAAUAAUCCACCCGUCGAGAGUCACGUUGGUUGGGUUAUGGACGUUGUCGAACAUCGACCACGGACCACAAGCAUGGGCAGUUCUACGGGAACAUCCCCCACUGCCUCCAGUUAUGGUUCACUGCCUCAGAGUUUGCCAACGUUCCAACAUCCUUCACAUUCACUGCUGAAAGAGAACGGAUUCACCCAACAGGUGUACCACAAAUAUCACGGCCGCUGUCUGAAGGAACGCAAACGAAUGGGACCGGGUCAGUCGCAGGAGAUGAACACACUCUUCCGAUUCUGGUCCUUCUUCCUGAGGGAGAACUUCAACAAGACUAUGUACAACGAAUUCCGCCAGAUCGCACUCGAGGAUGCGGCCGAAGGCUUCCGCUAUGGUUUGGAGUGUUUGUUCCGAUUCUACUCGUACGGUUUGGAGAAGAAAUUCCGACCACAGCUUUAUGACGAUUUUCAGGCGGAAACGAUCAAAGAUCACGAAAACGGUGGUCAACUAUAUGGAUUGGAAAAGUUUUGGGCCUUUCGCAAGUACUAUAAGAAUGCUUCGAAGCUGAGUGUCAGUCCUAAAUUGAAGGAGUAUUUGGACCAAUUUAAAUCAAUUGACGACUUCCGUGUGGUGCAGCCGCAGAUCAACGAGAUGUUGGAAGGGGUGGGCAAUCUGAAAUCUACCCCAUCGAAACGGAGGCCUCGAAGUGUUUCGGAGAGUGAAGGUGUUACGGUGGUUGCGGGACCGAGCAAUGUCAGGCGGGCUCAACAGGGUGGUGGCGGGACGAGCGGACAGUCAAGCGGAUAUUAUGGCGGCUACAACCAAUCGAACUAUGGCCGUAAGAGAUGCGAUUCUGCCGGCAACCGAAUAGUGGACGCUUCAAAUCGCUCUGGACCAUUCGGGAAUUCUCGAUUCCGCACAGGUUCUUUUGGAGAGGGUGCUUCCAGGGGAGCCGGGAGUCGGCCGCGCAGCGGAUCAACGGGAAACAAAGUAGUAAGGGUCACAAACGAACGUUUCCUGCUCAAUCGCGGUGGACCGUCUUUCUCUGGAAUGGCUGGCAAAUUGGCCCAGCAGAAAUUACAGAGCAGCCGGGGAAAUAGUCGCAACAAUAGUCGCGGAAAUAGUCGAAACAACAGUCGCAGCAACAGCAGAUCGAAGGCUCCCGAAAAUCCUGUACCUUCUAUGUCAUCUUCGACAUUGGCAUCGGCAGCAACAGGAGGAGCUGCUGAAGCGGGAAAAUCGUCAUCCACGACAUGUGAUAAGUAAAGUGUCGAAUUAUGAA